CCCGCCACCUACGAUGAGGCCAUGCGCCGGCCUGAUGCAGACAACUGGCUGGCUGCAAUGCACAAGGAAAUCAACCUCAUGUCAGAAAUGAACGUUUACGAGUUAGUGCUCCUACCCGACGACCGACGCGCAAUCGGUUGUAGGUGGGUGUUAGAGUUCAAGGAGGAUCUCAAAGGCGGACCCGUGUUCAAAGCGAGGCUUGUC